GGAAUAGAUUAGGUAUAUUUUAAAAAUCUAAUCCACCAGAAUAGAUAAUACAGUUAUUACUUUCUGGAAAUUCUAGGGACAAAUUUGUAAUAUACAUUUCUUAGAAAUAUAAUAGUAUUUUUUUGUAAAUUCACUGGUGCUCAAAAAACAUUGCACAAAAAACAUUUGAAACAAACCAUGUCCAUUUCAAUAUCGUCUCAUGCUAAAACCAUCCUGAAUGAUAUCUUGUACAGCUACUAAUUCGUAGAUAACUCUUACAGUGUAGAUAAUGUUCAGGACUGAAUAGCUGAUGAUACUGUAUAUUAUAAAAUAUAUUAUAACAUGAUAUUGAAAUAGACAUGGAUUUUUUUAAAUGUUGUUUUUUGUUCUAAUAGUUCUUAGAAAUAUAAUAUUCACUCCCUGGAAACUCGGGGGUCGAGGGAUGAAAUGCUGAAAGGAGUGGAACAGAUCACAGGACGCUGUUGAAAUAGACAUUACGUAUUUCAAAUUCUGUUUGUGUACAAUACAGUCAUAGUUUCCUGGAAACUCUAGGGCUGAAAUAAAGCGAUCAAAGGGAUGGAAUAGGGGUUUGGAGGGGAAGGGAGUUUGAACCCUUUUAUGGGGGAGGGAUGAGGGACAAGGCGCCUGUUCGCUAGGGCCGAAGGGCGGAGCUUAGGGCUAGGGUGGGUGGUUGAACUUGAGGGGUAGAAACUGAAACCAAUAUGGCCGACUGCGUAGAGUCGUCUGCCGUCCGCCGAACCGAGAGGAACUCGCGAUCCAGUCGGCACAAUAUUUCGAAGAUUUUUAUAUUUUUCUAAAUUUUGAAAAAUCCCAAAACUGUAGUUUUGCGAACUAUGGAAAUGUGCUAGUGUUAAGUGUGAAUUUUGUGCGUUGAAAAAUCGUUCUGGCCUGUAGAAGCCGCGAGUGACACAUCACGACUCCCAUCAGCUCAUCACUCGCCGAGGCUCGGAAAGAUUGCACUAGCAGCCAGGACUGUACACACCGACGGCGCUUGGCAUAGACAUGCGGAAACAGCCCGGCCAAACCAACAAGGUGGAGAAAUCAGGCUCGCCACGUGUAACUCUGAGACUUCAUCAGCUGAAAAACAGAGGUGGCAACAAUAACGGAGGAGGAGGAGGAGUUGGAAACGGGGGUGGUGGCGGAGGAGGAGGAGGAGGAAGCAAUAGCAGUUUAGGAGGAGGAGGAGGGGGGGGAAGCGCUUCUUCCACUAGUAGCUCGUCAGUUGGAGGAAGUAGUACAACCACCGAAGAAAAGAAAGAGAGGACAGUGGAACGAAAGGGUGCUUCAGCCGAUGUGGAGUCACAUGAUAAUAGCAGUAACAUGGAAGGCGUAUUAUCGAAAAGCUCUUCACCUCUGAGCGAUGACGCUCCACUGAAAGACCUGAUCGGCAGCGGAGGUGGUUCCGCCUCCAGUACAAACCCUGGCACCGCCUCCACCACGACGACAUCCUCGGUGACAGCCAUGGACCAGGAUGUACCGGGAGGUAGUAGUGGAGGCGGCGCGGAUUCCUCCGCCUCCGCGGAGAGCGGUGCAAACGCGACGGCGGCUAGUGAUGCCAAGAACGGGGGCGGUGAAGGGACCGAGGCGGUUGUCGGCGGGAAGCGGCACGCGGGGGCGGCAGAUGAUGACGAGGAGACGAGGCGGAAACGGCGCCGGGAGGACUCCACGUCUAGCAAGGGCAAACCGGGUGGCAGCCCUACCGGCAUGGAAUGUGAGGAGGGCGGCGAGGAGGGGAGCGGAGGCAGUGGAGGCGGCAAGAGUGCGACGGGAGAGUGUCCGGCGGGACCCAAAGUGCCGCCUCUCAAAAUCGUCAUUCCCUCCUCCAUGGAGGCGGGAGACCAGGGCACCCGGAAUGGCAAGAGUACUACCAGGCACCACCAAGCACUGCCGUACGUGGUGGCGAGGAGUGAACCAGCCGCUAGCAGUGAUGCCAACGUGACAGGGCCGACGACGGGAGGCGGGAACGGAGGUGGUGCGGUUGGCAGCACUGGUAGCAAUGGGAAUGGAGGGGCGGCCACCACUGCAGGCAACCAACCCCCCCAAGGGCAGCAGCCGGCACAGGCGCAGCCCGUUGCUCAGGCUCAACAACAACAGUUGUCCACUGCGCAGUCGCAAAUGCACAGUCAACUGACGAGUCAGCUGGCGAGUCUGCAGUCGAGUCAACAGCAGAGUCAACAGGCAGCUGCAGCCACUCAACAACAACAGCAGCAGAGUCAAUCGAGUCAAUCGUCUGCUUCCUCAAGCAACGGCUGCUCGAGUCAGACUGCUCAGCUCAGUCAGAGUCAGCCGACGGGGGCGGUGGCUGGUGGCACUCCGCCGCCUCCCAGCUCGACCACGCCGCCUGUGCCGGGGGCGGUAGGUGGAGGCGGUGGGGCGGAAGGCGGCGAAGGCAUGACCGCUGAGGAGCAGAAGUCGCAUCAGAGGGUUCUGCGUAGCUCGCAUAGAUCGGGCGGCGGUAGCAGUAGCGGCGCUCCCAGUGGCUGUUCAUCUCCGAUCGCCCCCGACAACCCCUCUCCGCCACCCCCAACAGACGCACCUACCGCCUCCGAGCGCACCGAACCGCCUUCCAGUAGCAGCAGCACCAGCAAUGGAAGUGGGGGCGGAACCACCCCCGCCACCGUCACCGCCACCGAAGACCAAAGACGGCUCAAAGAAGAGAAGCAGCCGUCACCGGCCGCAUCGACCGCUACCACAUCAGCCACCACCUCAGCUGCCGCCUCCUCCGAAGCAGCAGCCGCCCCUGCUCCGCCGCCCCCGGCUAGCACCACGGAACUGCAUCCGCGCAAGCGCAAGCUGAAGCCACGGGAUACAGCAGCCACAGUCACCUCCACCGCCUCCGCUGCAGCCGCAUCUGCCGCCUCCGUGGAGGCGUCCGAGUCGUCCGACGGAGCCACCUCGUCGUCGGCGGUUGGCGGGGGCGGUAACGGCGGCAGUGGAGGUGGCACUGCCGACCAGCAGUCUAUUCCCAACUGCUAUCAGCUGUUUCUCAAUAUUAGGAAACAGAUUGACAGGCGACGCAAAGGCCUGUUUCCGGUGCAGCCGAAACCACCGCAGGGCUUUAAGGACUACCUGAUGAACCGCUGCACCUACGUCUUGGCAGGCAACUCAUCCUCUCGGCUCACAGUCGCUCAGCAGACGCCUCCCGCCUCCCUGCAGGCUGGCAUGAAGGAGCUGUUCACCGAUCAGGAGAAAGAGCGUCACCGUCUGCGCAUGCAACACGUGAUCGAGAAAGAGAAGUUGGUGUUGAGUGUCGAACAGGAGAUAUUGCGUGUGCACGGACGAGCUGCGCGCGCACUCGCCAACCAGGUGCUGCCCUUCUCGGCGUGCACAAUACUCCGAGACGAGGAGGUGUACAGCGCCAUUACACCCGAACAGGAGGAGAAAGACCGCAACGCCAGGUCGCGGUACAACGGACGCCUCUUCCUCUCCUGGCUGCAAGAUGUCGAUGACAAGUGGGAGAAGAUCAAGGAGGCAAUGCUGCUGAGACAUCACAACGAGGCGGAGUCACUUCACGCCGUGCAGAAGAUGGACUGGGAGUGGAAGCUCAAGGAGUUGGGUAUAUGUGAGUUCAAGGCCAGGCCCACCAUAGAGGAUGCCCACGUGCCCAUGGUACACGUGUCUGACGACUUUGACCUGCUACCCGCCUAGGUGGGAUUCAGCGAUCCGUCUCUUGCUGGAUCAUUAUUCAACCACUUUGAAGUCACUCGUUGUUGUUUCUACAAGUCAACAGCAUUGCUACGCCUGUACCUCUCUCCAUUUCUCAUCAGGCUCAAUUCAAAUCAACAUUUUAUUUGUUUCGAAAUUCAAAUCAAUAUUUGAUUUGUAUCAAAACUCAAUCAAAUUUGAUUUGACUUGAUCAGAUUCAUGUAGAUGCGAUUCAUUCUUGUAAUUUGUAUCAUUUGAAUGAUUGUUUAUCUGGACUAUGUAAUGAUUUUAAUCAACAAUUUUGUACGAAGUUCAGUGAGGGUAAUAGGCCUACUCCUUUAGGGUGAUACGACAUGUAUGCUGUAGAUAAAUCGUAUGUAUAUUACGUAUGAUGACCUUUGUAAGAUGAUGAUAACAUGUUUUCGAUUUAAAUAUUACCUAAGACAAACAAAAUAUAAGAGAAUGGAGUAUUCUACUCUCUCUGCUAUCACUCACAAAGCCAUACCUAGGAUACAGUACCGGAAAGCCUAAUGCUAGGCGCACACCAGUUAGUCAAGACAAGACAAGACAUGAUCAGGCACGUUUAGUUACAAUACUUUACAUUGUUGUUUAUGAAGACAUGUCUAAUUGCAAUGACUGAUCAAUGUGAGUUGCGUCAUAAUCAACCAUGUGAAGUAUUGUGACUAAACUUGUCUGGUCUUGUCUUGACUAACCGGUGUGCCUAGCCUUAUGGAAGUGGAAAAUGUUGAAGUAGUUUGAUAAUUAGAUUCUAAAUUAAUUUCACACAAGAUUUUCACUUCAAUAGCAUGAUGCAGUCAGCAAUAAUCAAGGAACAAUCUGUCUAAUUAGGGACUGGAGUGCUUUCGAGUUUCAUGAAAUCAUUGUCAACAAUGAAGAUUCCUAUACUUUAAUUUCAACACGUUUUGAAAUCUAAAUUCUAUUAAUUUCAUGCUCCAAGACAAUUAUCUAAGUAUGUUGUGUUUUUCAAUUACUAAAAUAUAAUUUGAGUAGUAUGAGUAAUUAGUGAGCAAAAUUAGUAUGAAUGAGCAAAAUUUACAAUAAUUAUUGCCAAAUUUUCAAUGAACAAACUUUUUUGUCCUGUUGGGGGUUUUGUCGAAGCUUCUUUUGAUUUUAUACUUGAUUUUUUUUUAGAAAAACAACAAUGUGAUUCAAAAUUUGAACUCAACAUGACCGUAUAUCUCCCGUAUUGUGCAUUAUUUUUGUUACACAUGUGGUCUACAUUACUGAAUUGAGGCAGAACUGAGAACUUGUUUGCAAAAAUACACCGUUCCAAAUAGGUAACUUUGUGAGUAGGUUGCUUAAUGUACAGUUUAUUCAUAACUUGAAUGAUAUACACAUAGACAGUCAUUUACAAAUUCAAGAUAAUGUUAUAACUUACUAUACUUACUUCUUAAAUAAACAUUUUCAAUUGUUCACUCCAAAAUCCGAAAAAUACAACUUAUCUCUACUUUUUAAAUAAAAGUUUCCAAGUGUUCACUCCAAAUAAUAUGAAAAACCCUGUUUUUGUCAUAAUUGUUGAACACAUACCUUUCAAGCAUACAGUGAAGCCUGAAUCCUGUAAACAGCUAAUUACAAUAUUCACAGAAAGCAUAAUAUUAUAAUGUUAUCAUUACGAUCUAAUAGUGAGUAAUAUAUUCAUUUCGGGCUUGGAACUUGAUUUAUAGUACUGAAAACAGGAACGAGAACGGUGUUCAGGAAAUGCUGGACAGCUCAGGUUUUAGGUUAUGAUCAUAAUACUCCAGCAGCCAAUAGUUUCCAUUUUUACUAAUCGUUCUUAGAUUAGUAUGACAAAAAAUAUUGUAUGUAACUUGUACAGUACCUAACGCCUUUACCGUAUGCGUAUGAUAAUUUUGCCCUCAAUUUUGUUUUGGGCAAAAACAAUCAUACUUAUACGGUAAACCAGCCUUACCGUACUUGAAACGUAAUGUACUAUUACAUUAUAACUAAAAGUAACUAAAUGCAAUUCCCACCAGUUUUUAUAAUAUUAUAAUUUUUAUGUUGACAAUGAACUAUUGUUGUAAAACAUAAUUGAAAACCGGGGUAUCGAAUAUGGUAUAUUAUGAUAGACUGACUUUUAUCCUGUAGAUAUUUGUAAAUAUUAAUAAUUAAGUGUAUACUUAAGAAUUAACUUAUAAUUGACAAUACGCUUCAAGUAAAGAGAAAUUCUUACUACAUGAA